UAUAGGUACCGUACAGUACGUAGCAUAACGCUUCUGGGCAGGAGCACUGAAUCUUCAAACCUCAGUACAACGAACGAAAGCACUCAAUAUGGCUGACAAGGAGAUAGAGCUCCUGGAGGGUGUCGAACUGCGUUUCGCCGUCGCAGACACUAAGGAGCGCUUCGAAAAGGCGGUUGGGACUUUCUUGACCCCGGUCCUUAUCAAAUUGAACUCGCCGCAUAAAGUUGUGCAGACACAGGUAGUCUCCGUUUGGAAGAGUGGGAGACGCGAGCGGUCGAUACUCCUUGAGGGAUAGACCGGAGGGAAAGAGAGAGUGCUUCAGAGAACCAAGCAAACAUGGACUCACAGGUGCGAACUUGCAGGUCAUGAGUUUGUGCAGUCACGUCAGCAAAAGGUUCAAAUCGGAUCCGACACUGUCCCUUCCCAUGUCCGCGCUGUUCGAUCUGUGGGAGGCUGAAAGCACAACUAUGAUAGUGCGGAACUUCUGUUUGAUCUAUCUUGAGAUCGGCUUCAACCGAAUCACGGACGAGGAAAAAAUCAAAUGUCUUCCUCGUUUACUACGGAAUAUCUCUCGCUGCAUGCCAGCGCAACAAGCUGCCAUCAUGCAAAUGGCCCUUCACAUCAUCGGAACUCUGACACGCACGAGAAACCCUGUAUUAGACCCUAGUGUUGACUGGCACAUUCCUCCCGCCGACAUUCGCUUCUUUCUGGAGAAGCUCGCAGAUCUGAUGCUGUACGCACCUGCUCCCAAAACGACCGCGGUGACACUUGGCAAUAGGCCACCAAAUGCGCCGCCCCUCGACGUGCCGCCAACGUUCGUUCCACCAGCGAUGAGCAAAGAGGAGAUCACCUUCAUCACAAACAACAACAAGGCGAGCUGGACUUCCUCAUUGACGGAAUCGAAUAAUAUGAAGCUUUCUGUCUUGCGUUUCCUCGCAUUGCCCGGAUUGAUCCCUCAAGACGAGUUUCACUGGGAGCGGUAUCACGUGUACCUGGCCGCGGCGGGCGACGCAAAUCACGAGCUGAUCAGUGCUGGGGAAGAUGGAAUGAAGCGAUAUGCUCAGCCAGAUUUGGAAAAUGCGAAUGUUGUUCGGGCAUUGUAUGCGAUGUACCAAGGAAAACCGUCGAACAACCCUGAUAGCCACCGAAGUCCCGCAACGCCUUCUCUAAAGAACAGGAUCUUGAGGGUUUUGCUCAAGUCUGCGACAGCGGCAAAUACCUUCCCGAACAUGAUUCAGGUUGCUUUCGACGCUCUGAACGGUGAAACGACCACUCCGAAACUGCGGGCUUCAGGGAUGUCGUUCGUCCAGUGGAUCGCCAGAAUGACGAAAGACGAGACCAUCAAACCCAUCGCCCCUAUCCUUUUGACGGCACUGCUGCAGUUCAUCGAGCGGACGAAAUCUGGUUCCCCCUCCGCCGAGAAUGAUUCGCUACGGGGCUUCGCGUUCGAAGCCGUCGGAUUAGUCGCCAAGCGUGCACCUGACGUUUUCGACGUUUCCGUCCUUCGAGAAUUGUUCGCAUCUUUGAUGGUGGAGUCGGCCAGUGUCCAAGUCUCGGUUUUGGAUGCGCUUUCAAACAUGAGCAACGCCUACCAGAAGAUGCUCUCACAAGACCCGAGCAAAGAGACUGAAUUCAAAGAGCUGCUGUUAGGGAACGUCUCGAACACCAACCACCGCUCGCGAUACAUCACAGCCAAAUACGCCAAUGCGCUCUUCCCAUAUAAAAGCGCAUUGGCGCGGUACAUUGACGUUAUUCUCAGCCAAGAUUCCAAACCCGAAGUUCGCGACGAAUCACUGAAGGGUCUCGUGUUCCCGGAAGCCGACAACUGCGCGAGCGACGAUCUUCCCGUCUUUGGCGAUGUCCUGGCACUGGUUUCCUCGAAUAUUGAAAAGAAUCCGAAAAGCUUCGCACAGAAAGCUCAUGUGAGACAGGACGGGACGCUACACCCUGUCGUUCUGGCUGACUUUUUGAAGUACUUCCGGCAUCUUCUCAUCCUCCGCGCGAACCCGAAAUGUGUGCUGGGGAGGAAAGGGCUGGAUGACUUUGAGGAUAUUGCGGAUGUGGAGACUAGAGAUGCGCUCGUCGCGGUGUUGGCGCAAAUGAGCGCGGACACGGAGACGUCGGGGUUGCGAGCGUACACAGACCUGCUCACGUUUGCGCUGCAAGUUGACUCUGGGGAGCUUCAAGCGGCGGCAUCGUAUUGCUUGUUGGAGUUGAUUUCCUUUGGCCCGCCGGCGAUCGGGGCAACUUACAUUAGCCAGAUUGAGUGGAUCAAGUCCUUUAUUGUCGCAACCAGAGCAGAGACGAGGAUCUCCAUGUCCCACGUACUCGGUCUCGUGGUCACGACUCAACUCGACGAUCCGAUGCAAGUAAAAUUCGUGUCAGAACUCUUGGUAGAGUUUCAGAAGACGGCACAGGACAAGCAGACUUCCCCAGAACAAAGGCAUGGCGCAACCCUGGCCCUCGGCUACAUCGUCGGACGAUCCUCCUAUCGGUACUCGAAAUCUCCCCUCCCAUCGGACAUCCUUUCACGAAGUCUCGAAGUUAUAGUCAAACAACUAGAUGCGGGCACAAAUCUCGAGAUUCUGGGAGCAUGCGAAGCCUUGUCUGAGGCUGGUCGGUACUCCGCACUACCGCGAUCGUCCACGCUAGCCCCUGAUGAAGUCAUCAGAAAGCUGAUCGCGUUGAUGAGCAAAUCAUCGUCGAACAACGACACGAAGAUCCACGAACAAGCGAUAUCCGCCAUGGGACAGCUAGCCAACGGCGACCAUGGUCUGUCAAAGCAGGUGUUUGAUCACAUCUACACUCUGGCCUCGUCGCAUUCGAAACAGACGGAGGUUCAUUUUACCAUCGGAGAAGCCAUCACUGCCGCAACGUGCGGUUUUGUUGCCACCCACAUGCAGAAAUAUUUGGACAUUCCGACCGUGACUGUGGAAUCCAAAGCUCCAGCGGAAACCGUCCAGGAAGUCAUCAACACGUUACUGGAGAAGAUAGCGCCCGGCAGCGCCCCGGUGGUUCGGAAGAAUCUUGCGAUUUGGUUACUGUGCAUCAUCAGAUUGGGUGGGAAGCAUCCGGUCGUCAAAGCAAAUGCGCUGAGGUUGCAGUCGGCGUUCGCUGGGCUCCUCGGAGAAACGGACGAGUUCACUCAGGAGGUGGCGUCGAGGGGAAUGGGAUUGGUGUUUGAGCUUGGUGAUGAGGCGGUGAGGUCUCAGUUGGUCGGGUCCCUGGUCUCGACAUUGACAGAAGGGAAGAAGAUCGCCCCGCAAAGUGUCACCGGCGAGACCCAGCUCUUCCGAGACAACGCCCUCGGCUCUGCGCCGGAAGGCGGCCAAGUCUCUGGCACGUACCAAUCCAUCCUCUCCCUCGCCUCGGACAUGAACCAGCCCGAUCUCGUGUACAAGUUUAUGUCCCUAGCAGCGCACAAUGCUGUCUGGAACUCCCGGAGAGGCGCCAGCAUGGGCUUCAGCACUAUCGCGACACAGGCCACCAAGGAACUGGAGCCUCACCUGCCCGCCAUCAUCCCGAAACUGUACCGCUUCCAGUUCGACCCGAACCCUAAAGUAGCCGAAAGCAUGAAGAACAUCUGGCAGACAUUGAUUAAGGAGCCCAGCAAGACCCUCGACGAUUAUUUCGAGACGAUCAUGAAGGAUCUCUUGGCGGGCUUGGGCGAUCGGCAAUGGAGGCUGAGAGAAGCAAGUUGUCUGGCGCUGGCGGACUUGACGUCGUCCAGGGAGAUGAAGCAGCUCGAACCGCAUUUGGAGGAAAUGUGGCUGAUGUGUUUCAGGGCGUUGGAUGAUAUCAAGGAGAGUGUGAGGACCGCGGCGUUUAGGACGUGCAAGGCGUUGACGAACAAGACGGUGCGAUACUGUGAUCCGACAACGGAAGCUGUUGAUGAAGGGAGGAAGGUGAUGAGGAUCGUGGUGCCCUUCUUCUUGACGAAGGGGCUGCAAUCAUCGGCUGAAGACGUGCGCAACUUUUCUUUGGCGACAAUCCUUAAGAUCUGCAAGAAGGGAGGAUUCUUGUUGAAGCCUCACGUCACGGAGCUCGUUGCGACUCUGCUAGAGUGCCUGGCUACCAUGGAACCCCAAGUCCUGAACUACCUCACCUUCCACACCGACAAGUACAACAUCAGCCAGGAGCAGCUCGAAAACUCUCGGUUGAGCGCUGUACGAAGCUCGCCAAUCAUGGACGCGAUUGAAUCGUGUAUCGAUCAAGUCGACGGUGAAGUCCUAAAAGCCCUCAUCCCGCGUCUCAACGGGCUCAUCCGAAAGGGAGUCGGGUUGCCAACCAAAGCUGGCAGCGCCCGCAUCGUGUACAGUCUCGUCCAACGCGCACCGAACGACCUUAAGGAGCACGCAGACAGUCUCCUGAAAGCGCUGAAAUCAGCCAUCUUUGAUCGUUCGAUAGUUGUGCAGAAGGCGUUCGCGAGCGCCAUUGGCCACCUGGCCAAAGUGUGCAGCGAUGGCGCGGUCGAACAACUGUUGACAUCCAUGAUCGACAUAUACCUGCAGACCGAUGAUCCGGACAAGCGACCCAUCCCUGGUUACAUUUUCCUGGAAUUCGCCAAGAAAUCCUCGGACAAGGCCAAGGAGUUCCAGGGCAGAGUUCUGCCAAUCGCCUACCUUGGCGCUCGCGAUGACACCGAUGCAAUCAAGCUCGUCUGGGUCGAUGUCUGGGAGGAAAUGACCGGCGGGUCUGCAGGAGCCAUCCGGUUAUGGAUGAAGGAGAUGAUGGGCAUGAUGGAUGGUCUUUUGGCGUCCACGCCGUCCUGGAGUGUCAAGAAGCAGGUUGCGAUGGCGUUGGGGGAUAUGGCGAAGGCGCUGAGGGAGAACUUCAGUCCGUAUAUGAACGAGGUGGUGGAUAUGCUGAUUAGCGCGCUAGCGGGACGGACGUGGGAAGGGAAGGAGGCUAUUGUCAAUUCUUUGGCUACCGUGAUUGUGGAGAACAAAGGCUGGUUCGCAACGCCGGAGGGCGCCGCGAAAGUCGAUAAGAUAACUCAGAUCCUCAUCCAAGAAGCAAAGAAAAACAACAAACCAUACAAGCGCCAUAGCAUAGACAGUCUCGGAAAGGCAUUUGACGCUCUGAACAUCGACAAAUAUGCCGAUUUGUACGACUAUCUCGCCGAGCUGGCAGCUCCGGAGGCCAGCGAUGAUAUGGAGGUCGACGAUGAGGACGACCAGAGGCAGAAGACCCUUGGGUUGUUGAUUCGAGCCACGAGUUUCAAGACUCUUGCGCUAUGUUUCCCCAGGAACAGCCCCGAGACACAAGCCAAAUAUGCAGUUCCACUGUGUACGCUCCUGACCAAGAACCUAGAUGGCAAUGUGUGGAACGUGCGCCUGGCUGUGAUCGAAGCUUUUGAGACAUUUUUGGACAAACUUAGCUCUCCUUCGGAGCUCCUGACUCCUCAAGUUGUCAGUGAAGCCAUAAAUCAAACAAUAAAUUGUCUGGAGGACGGAAAGUAUACAUCCGUUCGAACAGCCGCAGCUCGCAUGCUCCAUAAACUCGCCACGACGACUUUACCGCUGUUACCCGACUCUGUUCGCUUAGAAGCAGUCACAAAGUUGGACGGUUUGACGGGUAAAGAGCUCGUUCCGCUGGUCGCAGAAGAGAUCAAGAAAGCACGGAAAGUGCUCGCUGCAAUGGAUGCGAGCUAGAUCUGAAGCACCCGGGGUCGUCCCAAGUCUUCUUUAAAUAUCAUCCCCGCGUAAUGACAUUUUUAUCAUAUAGCAUAUCGAGUCCAGUCUACACAUGACAACCUCCACGGGAAAAGGAGAGAAGAUGCUCUAGUGGACUUGCUUUUUUCUUCGGAACCUUGGAAUCGUGAAAGAAUGCGAUAGAGUUGAAUUUUGCGCAUUAACACACUGUAAAGGCCGUAGUGAAAAGCGAAAAGCACCAAGCUUUGUUGUCCCUCUGGUGUCUGGAUGGCCAUGACACAGCUGCCCGCCUAUUCGGCGAGCGCCUGAGCAAGUGCUACUAGAGACGAGCGCGGCAACAAGCAUGGUGGUAGUGUUGCGUUUCCGACUGGAAUGCAGGGGGAUAAGGAUUGCG